UCCACCCGCUUCUCCCCCGCGGGCUACCCAGCUCAGCCCUAUGGCCACCAGCAGCUCUACCUGGGCCAGCAGGACGCGGACGGGCUCUACUUCCCGGCCUUCCCCUCGGGCUCGGUGGCCGAUGGCUACUGCGGGCCCGCGGGCCCCUUCCAGCAGCCCGCGCUGUUCGGCCAGGAGCAGCCUGGCUACCUGCCCGGCCUUUUUGGCGACCUGUCGCCCUCCCUCCUGCGCGACGAGCAGGAGGCUCCCG